UCCUCUAUGCUCUUCAUCAUCACCAAAGUCUCCAUCUUUCACACCUUUACACAAACAUGAGUGCUGCAAGUGCAACUCACCUACAUCAUCAACAAAGUUCCAGUACAGUUGAAGGUCAUCGGAGCAAAUACAAGGGAGUUCGCCAGCGAAAAUGGGGGAAAUGGGUGUCGGAAAUUAGGGUUCCUGGUACACAUGACCGGCUCUGGUUAGGUACCUACUCUACGCCGGAAGCAGCAGCGGUGGCUUAUGAUUUAGCUUCUUAUUGUUUAAAGGGACAGCAGUCGUCUUCAAUGAAUCAUCGUCUAAACUUUCCUCUAAUGUUGCCUGCAUGUGUAAGAGCCGACAUGUCACCCAAGUCCAUACAGAAAGCAGCUUCCGAUGCUGGUAUGGCGAUUGAUGCCCAUAUGAUACUAAAUAGGACUUGUUCACCUGGUAAUGAAUCUAAGGGAAAUGAAAGUGGCGGUGGUGAUAGUUGUGCAAUUCUUAGCUCAUUGGAGACAGAGAUAAACUGGGAAGACGACGUGUGUUGCUGUGGGAGUUGUGAGGAAACUCAAACCAGAGAUAGUGGAGAGAGUUUAAGCAUCUCUGUUGAAGAUUAUUUAUAGUUGAAGCUUAUGUUCUUGGCUUUCUCAUUAUCUCUCUCCAUAUACUAUGUAGCCUAUAAAUACAUGUGUAUAUAUCCACUUUUUGAGCAAAUGAUGAAGAAAACUUAUGUUUUAUGCCAGUUUUUAUUGGGCUUUCUUUCUACUUUCUUCCAAAAUAAAUGGCUAUAAUUAAUUUUUUUUU